GGGCAUCGAGUCAACUGGCGGGACUGCGGGCACCGAGUCGUCUGGCAAGACAGCGGGCACCGAGUCGUCUGGCGGAACAGCAGGCAUCGAGUCAACUGGCAAGACUGCGGGCACCGAGUCGUCUGGCAAGACUGCGGGCACCGAGUCGUCUGGCAAGACUGCGGGCACCGAGUCGACUGGCGGAACAGCGGGCACCGAGUCGUCUGGCAAGACAGUGGGCUCCGAGUCAACAGGCACGACAGUGGGCACGGGUCAUCAGGUAUCGGAUUGUCUGGCUCGACAGCGGGCAUCGGGUCACCAGGCAUCAGGUCAUUUGGCUUGCCAGCGGGCACCGCGUCAUCUGGCAAGGCAGUGGGCACCGGGGCACCAGGUAUGACAGCGGGCUCUGAGUCAAUUGGCACGACAGCGGGCACUGGAUCAGGUACCGGAUCAUCUGGAUCAACAGCGGGCAUCGAGUCAACUGGC